AUGGAGAAGAAAUUAAGGAAGGAAAGGAAAUUAGGGAUGAUGAGGAAGAAAGUAAGGAUGGACAAGAAGAAGUUAUGGACGGAGAAGAUGUUAAGGAAGGAGAAGAAACUAAGGAAGGAGAAGAAGUUAGGUAUGGAGAAAAAGUUUGGGAUGGAGAAGAAGUUUGGGAUGGAGGAGAAGAAUCGAAGUAUGGAAAAGAAAUUAAGGAAGAAGAAGUUUAGGAAGGAGAAGAAGUUAAGGAAGAAGAAGUUUUGGAUGGAGAAGAAGUUAUGGAUAACGAAGAAAGUAUGGAUGGGGAAGAAGUUUGGGAUGGAGAAGAAUCUACUAAUUAAGGAAGCAGAAGAAGUUAAGGAGGAUGGAGAAGAAGUUAGGGAAGCAGAAAAGGUUAAAAAUGAAGAACAAGUUAGGGAAGGAGAAGAAGUUAAGGAUGGAGAAAUAGUUUGUGAUGGGGAAGAAGUGAAGGAAGGAGAAGAGGUUAAGGAAGAAGAAGAAGAAGAAGAAGAAGUUUUGGAUGGAGAAGAAGUUAAGGGUAAAGAAGAAAGUAUGGAUGGGGAAGAAAUUUGGGAUGGAGAAGAAGUUAAGGAGGGAGAAAUGAUCAUGGAUGGAGAAGAAGUUAAGGAAGGAGAAGAAAUUAGGGAUGAUGAGGAAGAAAGUAAGGAUGGACAAGAAGAAGUUAUGUACGGAGAAGAUGUUAAGGAAGGAGAAGAAACUAAGGAAGGAGAAGAAGUUAGGUAUGGAUAA